CGCCUCGUCCGCUUCCUUCUCGCCGCAAAGCUAAACAUCGGUAGCGCCACCCAAUCCCGCCGCGAACGAAAGCGAGCUCUCCGAUCCCCGACCAGUACUCGACCAUGGCGUCCUCCCACAUCAUCCUGCCGCCGGAAGACGACGACGAGGAGCAGCGCCGGCUGGAGGACGAGGACGAGGACGAGGACCCCUGGGCGCGGAGCGUGCCGCCCCCGGCGCCGCCGGAGCACGCGGUGAAGGCGUCACUGCCGUUCUCUGCGUCGUGCGUGCGGAUCUCCCGCGACUCCUACCCCAACCUCCGCGCCCUCCGCAACGCCUCCUCCGUCAGCCUCGCCGACGCCGCCUACGUGAAGAUCUCCGAGGGGGACUUCGGCUACGUCCUCGACGAUGUGCCGCACCUCAUCGACCACCUCCCCGAUGCCCCUACUUACCCCAACCCACUGCAAGAUCACCCAGCCUAUUCAACUGUCAAGCAAUAUUUUGUUAAUGAGGAUGAUACUGUACCUCAAAAGGUUGUCGUUCAGAAGAUCAGCCGGCGGGGGAUUCACUUCCGUCGUGCUGGACCACGUCAGAGGGUUUAUUUUGAGUCGGAUGAAGUGAAAGCAUGCAUUGUAACUUGUGGAGGCCUUUGCCCUGGGCUUAACACUGUCAUCAGAGAACUCGUCUGUGGAUUAUCGCACAUGUACAAUGUCAGCAAAAUUUAUGGUAUACAGAAUGGAUACAAGGGCUUCUACUCUAGUAAUUACCUUACUCUGACACCAAAGAGUGUUGAUGACAUCCACAAGAGGGGUGGUACAGUUCUUGGAACAUCACGAGGUGGCCAUGAUACGAAAAAGAUUGUUGACAACAUUCAGGAUCGUGGAAUUAAUCAGGUCUAUAUCAUUGGAGGAGAUGGAACACAGAAGGGUGCUUAUGAGAUCUUUAAGGAAAUCCGAAAACGUGGUCUAAAAGUUUCUGUUGCUGGAGUUCCCAAGACAAUAGAUAAUGACAUAGCGAUUAUUGACAAGUCAUUUGGUUUUGAUACGGCCGUAGAAGAGGCACAACGCGCCAUUGAUUCAGCUCAUGUGGAAGCUUGCAGUGCUGAGAAUGGAAUAGGCUUGGUAAAACUGAUGGGCCGUUAUAGUGGGUUCAUUGCGAUGUAUGCUACUCUUGCAAGCCGAGAUGUGGACUGCUGCUUAAUUCCAGAGUCCCCAUUUUAUAUGGAUGGUGAAGGUGGGUUGCUUCAAUAUAUAGAGAAGAGGCUGAAAGAGAACAAGCACAUGGUUAUUGUUGUUGCUGAGGGAGCAGGACAGGAUCUUAUAGCCAAAAGUUUAUCUACUUCUGAGCAACAAGAUGCAUCUGGAAAUAAGCUACUGCUUGAUAUUGGUCUUUGGCUGACUCACAAGAUAAAGGAUCAUUUCAAGAGUAAAAAGAUGGAGAUGACUAUCAAAUAUAUAGAUCCUACCUACAUGAUCCGAGCUAUUCCAAGCAAUGCAUCAGACAAUGUCUACUGCACACUGCUGGCGCACAGUGCUAUUCAUGGUGCAAUGGCCGGCUAUAGCUUCACUGUUGGAAAUGUCAACGGCAGACAUGCCUAUAUACCUUUCUAUAGGGUGACAUCCACAAGGAACAAGGUUAAUAUCCAUGACAGGAUGUGGGCGAGGCUGCUGUCAUCAACCAACCAGCCAAGUUUCCUAAGCCAGAAGGACAUCGACGAAGCCAAAGAAACCAACAGGAUGGCCAACAAGCCACCGCUUCCCACAGGUCUCAGCCAUCAUGCGGCAAACUCUUUCGACCAGUCUGCAUCAUCGUCGUCGAACAACGAGACAUGAUAGGAGGUGUCGCUGUUUACGUUGCGAAAAGCUCAGCCACGCUACACAGUUUUGCUUUCAUAUGCAUAAUUUGACGUGUAUGAAUCCCCAGAACGCUCUGCUGGAUUGCUGGUAAUUACAAGCGUAAUAAGAGGAGCAACAUUGAUGAAGCUAUUUCUCAGAAGCAACACUUAUGUUGUGCUUUGUAUUUGUUGCUGACUCUGCAGAUAUGUUCCGUCCACUGAAAGCUGAUCAUUGACCAUUUUUGCCUUGCGUCAGUGUGUCCCUGCAGCGCGUUAAUCUUGUAUACUCCCUAAUUACACUUCCACGGUUACACCCGCAUGGCUAUCACUUGCCAGCUGCAGAAGUUCUCCAUAAACGGUGGAGUAAUUAAGUAUUGUAUGCAGUUUGUCGGAGGCAAUACUCUCUCUUGUGCAGAAUUGCCAGAUCAGAUUCAGAUGUACUCUUCCAAAAUCAAAUCAAUUUAUUAUACGUACUACGCAAAA